AUGUAUGAACAUCAGGAUAGGGCCGACCCCACUAGGGCCUGGCAAGAUGAGCUGCCGGAUGGCUCGCUGGCCUAUCCCCGGUGUCUGGAGGUCCAUCCCGUUCAUGCAUCCUGCACGCCUUCACCCUUACAAGAUGCGGUGUCACUUCCCCUUCGUUUGAAGUCGGCAUUUACUGGGUCCUUGUCUCUCCACGACUACCGCAAGUAUCUCUCCCAGGAGAGCAUUGACGAUCCCGUCGAUCGUUCUGACAAAACGCUCAAGCGCAAGACUGCCACCACAAACUUGCAUCGUCCACUGCCCAAUUCUGCGCGUCCUUCCUGUGCAGGUUCCGUGUCCUCGGUGGCGUCCAGUCCACCGCCUCUCUCGCCAUCCUACUCGCAUAGUAUCAUCUCUCAGCGGAGCGAGCUGGAGCCCGAGUUCCUAGAUGUACCUGCUCCUUCUCAGGAUCUACAAGAGUACCUUGUCUCGGAACAUCUGGUCCGUCCUAGACCGAACAGGAAGCGAUUGAAUCCAGUCCUUGAAAAGCACCAGAAGCCCGUGCCGGCUCGGGAUCAGGGUCACUCUUUGCCUCCACCCCGUCCUCAGGAAUCCGAUCCGAUGCUGGCCACCACCCAGGCCGUCUCCACCAUCUCGCACGGCGGUGCCUCCUUUGAGAUCCUCAAUCCGCGCAAGUCGCUGGAUAUCUCCAGGAUCGUCUCCUUCAUUGAGGAUGUCGAUGGCUGCUCGUCAUUGUCAUCAGACCCUAUUCGGGACUUUGAGGUCUCCACCACGACCAUCGACCUAGGCCUGGACCGGUGCUCCCUCUCUCAAUUCACUGAUGCAUCCCUACCAUCUCACUACUCGUCCCACUCCCUAUGGACACCUCCGUCGAAAGGAUUCUCCACGCCCAAGCGGCAAAUGAGCGACAUUCCCUCCUCGUCACCUGGAGUGCACGGGCGAGCACGCUCUCAUUCCGACUACUCCAUUCAUGAUCAACCCAUUUGGUCACAGACUCAGCACAAUGAAAACGAGCUGCACGAAGAAAUGUACCCUGACUUAAUACGGGAUUCCCCGAACCCCCAUAUUACCUCGAUCGCCGAGCGGUCCGAAGAAACAGAAAAUGAAGACGAAAGCCCAUACGAUUCUCCUCGCCCUCCAUCGUCCCCCAAGACAGUCAACUCUGACGAUGACAGCGAGAUCGGUGAGCCCGGGUCCCCGGUCUACGCUAAUGGUGAGUGGGCCCAGGUCGACGAGCGCGAUCGCGGCAUCAUCUUCGAGGAAUCUCCUUCGCCUUAUGACAUCUACUACGAAAACACAAUGCCCGCCUACUCCUACUCCAAGCCCCACGAUCCUUAUGACCUCAUCUCUCUUGACCCACAUGUCCGAUCCGUGCUAGCCGCGGCCAAUGCCGAGAACAUGGGCCUGCGCGGACAUCCUGCUCGUGCGCUUGAUGACUUGCAGCGCAAGUCUCAGGGCAAGGCUGAUGAUCGCAAGCGGUCGUAUUCCCAGAGAAAGAGACUGCGGAAGUUCUUCAGCUGGCGGUCUGGGAACUAG